GCUUCCGGUAUGUCGAUAAGGACGUUGUACACUUAUGGAGACGAGGGCGAGAAUUUGGAACAAAAUCGGAUUCUGUUAAUUAAACGGUUAUGUGAUGUAAAGGGAAAUAAUUUUGGGAUCGUGGGGAUGGAAAAGCUAAAGUUUCUUAACCGGAAGGUGAUCAAUUGCAAAUUAAGCAUCAGUCCAGGAAAUUUUUUCACCCUGAAUCGGAGCUUCGUGUUAUCUAUUUGGUCUGUCCUGAUUACUCUGUUAAUCGUAAUGGCCCAGGUGAGAGAUUCGGAUGAGAUGGGAAGUACCAACUCGACCAACAAUGAGAUCUCCGUCGCCAAUGCUUCCAUGAAGUAAAUAUGGAAGUGCAUAUGUACAUGUGUG